AUGUGCUUCUACAGUGAACGAUACCCUAUUUACUCUCAGUCCACCCCCUUUCUCCGUGUCGGUAUCCACAGUCCUGCACGAGAUCAAGAAGAUGCCGCCUUCGAGAUCGACAGCAUCAUCGAAUCUGGUGAUUCCAGAAACGGUAGUCCUGAAAGCGAGAGUCUUCGAACGUGGCGCUCAGCCCGUCCAUCAGUCGUCAGGCGCGCCCCUGACCCGGAUCCUCACCAUGAGUCAGAACAGCAUAUCCGGCAAUGUGAUGCAUGCUCUGCACAGCUAGCAAUGCAGACAUCCAGCACUGGUGACGAUCUGACAGUUAUUCAAAAGAACCUCAGCCCCCGGGUCGUCGAGUCGGGCAGCCCCAGAGAUGACGACCUCGUAUCUGUCGUCGACGACCAUCUGACGGGCACCCGCACUCGCAUCACACUAUCAAUCAGUGGAAUGUCUUGCAGUUCAUGCGUCGGGAAGAUUACCAAUGCUUUGAACGACCAACCAUGGGUGCAGUCGGCCGAUGUUAAUCUACUGACUAGUAGCGCGGUGGUCGUUCUCCUGGACCGGUCGCGUGUGAACGAAGCGCGAGAGACAAUUACAGGCUCGGGUUAUUCCGCCCAGCUGAUUGAUUGUGAAGAUCUCCUGCCCAAGAGGCAAUCGAAACAGUCGACGUCGGCCGACAUAUGGCGAGCCUCCUAUGUUAUCGGGGGCAUGACCUGCAGCUCCUGCGUCGGGACAGUUACAGACACGCUCAACCGUUACGAAUGGGUCACAAAACUGGACGUGAACCUUGUGUCAGGGAGUGCGACGGUAGAACUGCAAGGAAAGGAGCAUCUGGAAGAGGUCAUCGCCAUUAUCAGCGAAUUGGGUUACGCCGCUACACUCGGCGAGGUCGAGAGUAGCACCCCAUCCGAGCAACGAGCCUUGAACCGGUCCGUCACUAUCCAGGUGGACGGGAUGCAUUGCUCAAACUGCCCCCAGCGGAUUCUAGAUGCUCUCAGCGUGUUUUCCAGUUGUCUCCAGGUGACGGACCCUCUUCGAAAGGGACACCCGCGGCUCACUAUAGCAUAUACCCCGGACAGCCCCAAUUUCACCAUUCGGCAUAUCUUACAUGCGAUCGCCCAGGUGGAUAAGGCCUUCACAGUAUCUAUUUACCAUUCCCCCAGUCUCGAGGAGCGCUCCCAAAUGAUGCAACGUCGACACAUGUGGCGCAUCGCUCGCCGCCUGCUAUUGGCGGUGUUGACUGCUAUCCCAGCGUUUAUUAUCGGGAUCGUCUAUAUGUCUUUGGUACCUGGAGACAAUUCAGGGGUCAUGUACCUCGAGCAGCCCAUCUNAUCAAAUGUCCUUGCAGUAGUAGGAAGCAAAGGGAGACGAUUAUACUCCUGGAAGGCUCAAGGAAAUUCCAUGCGGUGUUUUCGCGGAUUUUAGCGCUCCUCGGCAAAGUUUGAAAUAUGGAGACCAGCCAUCCAAUUGAUAGUGGUGGUCCCUCGAGCUCUUUUAUCGAUCACUCAAAAGGCCAUGAAGGUACGGAGUAGUACGGGAGUUUUUGCGAAGACAUGAGAUUCUAUCACGCGGUUUCAAGUUCCUUCGCAGGAUAUAUAUUCGAGACGGUAUGAAAGGCUUCCAUGUGUUUUGAAGUCUCUCGGCCGGUAUAACAGUAGCUGUCCAUUCGGCUGGCGACAAAAAUCCGACGAUUUGUUAUCAUUAGUGACGAAAGUGUGGAAAUAUGACUUUCACUGUUUGACUUCGUGCUGCAGCAAAGCAGCAAUAUGACCUUUUCUCCUUCCAAAGAAAGUAGGGAAAUGAAAGGGCGCUGAGAAGAAAAGGCAAGUAAACCUGGCCAGGAUUGCCUACCUAUGAGCCUGCCUCUUUUUUACCCCACGUCCACUUCCUUCCCAAGCCUUCAUAGACUCUUAUCAAAAGCCUUGAACAGCCAUUGCAAAGUUUGCUAUCACCAACUCUUUCUAGUGCACUGUUGCAAACAAAUCCGAUUUUAGUGCGCGUAUCACUUUGCAGGAUUUUCUUUCAAGUCUUUCGAUCCCGUUUUUGCCCGUGUUAGAACUCAAUCCUCAAUACAUUGCUUAUCAGGAUGGACACGGAACUGUUACGCUAUCUUCAACGAGAUACUGGCGACAAUACUGAUACCUGUGAAACUGGAAACGAGUAUGACGGUCGGCUGGGCCUCCGUGUUUCAUCCAUUUUCGUCAUCAUGGCUAGCUCGAUGACAGCGGCAGUUUUCCCUAUGCUAGUGAAACGUUCAAGCACAGUCAGCGCUAAGUGUGAGCGAAUCGCACACUGGGCUUUUUUUAUAGCCAAAUUUUUGGCUCUGGUGUCAUCAUUGCAACUGCAUUUAUUCAUUUGCUUGCUCCAGCGGAAGAGGCCCUAAGGGAUGACUGCUUGGCUGGUCCGAUCUCGGAGUAUCCUUGGGUGGAGGGCAUCAUUCUCAUGACCAUCGUUGCUAUGUUCUUGGUGGAACUCAUGAUUAUGCGCCAUUCAUAUUUCGGCAUGAGUCAACAGAGCGAUAUCGUCGAUAACGGAGGUCGGUGCCUUGGCGGGUUUGAUAAUUUUGGUGGUUGGAAUCAGGCUAAGCGUCACCUGCCGAUGGACGAUAAUUUGAGCCGGCCUCAGGAACGCGAAGACGCAGAGGUGGCUCGAGGCAACUUCGCGUUCGUGGAUGACUCUGCAGCCUAGCUUAUCGGGGUUUCCAUUUUGGAAUUUGGAAUCAUCUUCUAUUCCAUAUUCAUAGGCCUGACACUCGCAGUUGCGGGUUCUGAAUUCACCGCGCUCUAUAUCGUUCUCACCUUCCACCAGACAUUUGAGGGACUAGGUCUGGGAUCUCGCCUCGCCGUGAUUCCAUGGCCGACUUCCAGGCGCUGGACGCCUUAUGUUCUGGGUAUUGUCUAUGGUCUAACUACCCCCAUUGCCAUCGCAGUUGGCUUGGCAGUGCGCAAUACCUACCCACCUAGUGGUCGGACGACACUGAUAGUCAAUGGUGUUUUUGAUGCUAUCUCGGCAGGCAUUCUUAUUUAUACUGGCCUUAUCGAAUUAAUUGCGCGCGAGUUCCUGUUCAACUCGUUUAUGCGUCGGGCUCCUCUUCGCACUGUUUGGUCGGCAUCUUCUGAUCUGCCUUGGCGCAGGACUCAUGGCACUGCUCGGCAGAUGGGCUUAACUAUGUAUAUUUUAGAUUACUGCGGGCUGAGUGCUUUGGCGUUAAGCCAAUGAGAGGAAACAAGAGAGGCAAGAAUUGAGAGUUGAAAACCGACGAAUGUAGCUGACCUUCAAGUUUUUUUUUUCUUUUUUUUUUGUUUCCCAACUUAUGCAGUCUUUUCCAUUCGUUCAGUUCCUCAAGACUGCGGAGCGUGUGCUUUUCAAGCCCAUCCCCAAUGCGAUGUUUUCGCGGGUUUUAGCGAUUUGGCAAAUGCUUGGCCAGUCAGUCUUCGCCGCCGAGACAUCAAUAGUGCAGCCAAGGAACUCAAAAGAACGCGAAAAUCUCUCACAUUUGAUCAGUUCCCCGCGAAGGCCUGGCUGACCCCCAUUUGUCGCUGUUUUACGACGAUCGGCGCCGUUCUCUUUCUCCAGAGACGAGGAUAACAGGGAGCUCCAAUUAUUGAGAAAAUAAAGAGUUGGCGCCUGAAAGGAGCUGUCUUAAAUCGCAAAUCGAUACGCAAAAAUCGACCUCGAAUCAGCCACGCCGUUUCACACCCAAGUCCGAGAUUUUUGAUUGAGUGGCCACCCGUCCUCAGAUCCCCACAGCUUCAAAAUUGCCUUCAUCAUCUUUGAAGUAUCUGCACAGGCUGUUUCACACAGUACUUCAAAUCUGCGACCGAGAAAAAAAAAGAAAGCAGUAUUGUCUCUAUGCACUCAUUAUGAGGAGAGCUUGCUAUGAGUAAAACAAUAGUAUCAUUGCACGGGCCCUUGAAAGUCUAAUCGAAUCCCUUUCUGGUCCAAACGAGCAGUCUGCUUUGAAUAUCAGCGAGGGAUUAUCGCUCCUUUUAGCUGGCGCGUGUCAGCAACAUACUCCAGAUUACAUUCAAUUCCCUUCGCAAAUUGAAGGCGAAAAUGCCGCAUUUCUGCGAGCCUGAAUAGCUAUAUAUAGGGACAGAAUAGGGAAUUUGAUAAUGUGGCUAAGCUAUCAUCAUCAUCUUGAGGAAUCACUCAAAAUGCCGUGUCGCGAUUGUUCAGCUCCCGCGCAGAAAUCUUCCAGACCUAGCACCGACAACAACAAUCUCUCUGGGCGCGGUCAUCGGUUGAUUUCAACUAUGCUACCCGAAGGAUUUGCUUUAUUGUCCAGUUCGUGUUGCUGGCUACCAACUAUACUUGACUUCAUUUUUGCUGGUUCUAUCACCGCAGUUGGCAUGCAAAAGCUUCGAUUUUUCUUUUUGGCCAUUUCUGUCUUGACUCUGUCCGCCAGCAUCGCGCGCGAAGGCUUCAACCGUGGUAAUAUUCGGCGCGCAAUCAUUUGUGCUAGUCUACUGGUCUGGACGCAGUAUAGUCAGCGGGUUCAGGGUCAUCAUAGUUGUCACUGACUUCUACUGUCUUCCUGUUUAGAGACAGCUAUCUUGCCGGGAUGUCUGAAUGAAUGUUCUAGUAUGGGAAGGGGAUGAUCUCAUCUAUCAGUAAGUCAAGGAGGUGAUUCUAGCUUAGGUAUCUUAUGGUAGUCCGGAGAUCGAUACCUGGUACUAUGGAUACUAGUUUAUUAUAGGUUAUUGCAACUGGUUUGGACGUAAUUCUUUCCUUUACUACUUUCUAGGAAUCUGAGUUCUGAG